ACCGCAAAUAUCCAAGAAACACACAUCCCUAGCCGCAGAAAGCCUUGAAUUGACUUUGGUGUUGCACUCUUUCUGCGUUGCAGCGUGGCCGCUUGAACUGUUUCAUUAAUUUUGUAACGUCACUAUCUUCGUCGUGUAUGAGGAGGCGCAAAUAACUGCGAUACGUGCAGGCUGCCGGCCGCCCCUUGGUUCAGCGGCUAAUUGGCUUUGCGACGGCCGCAGAGGCCAGUGCAGCUGAACGCGGUGAUUUGCAAGCUUGAAGGCUUGGGCCAUGCGGCCGGCCGCGUCGGGACGACCGGGCAGCGCGGCGCUGGGGUCGCUCGACACCACUGCGCCACGCAGCUUGGCUGCGGCGGCGGUGCGUGCGGUCGCAGUUGCGCUCCCUGCACGUGCGCUGCCGGGAGCCAGCACGUCUGCCUGGCGAGCAGAUGCCCGGCUGCAGACAGCACCGGGCUCGCGCGCCCUAGCAUCCUCCCGGCGGUCUGCAAGUGCCGCCGGCGGCUUCAGCACCGCAGGCCCUGGCGCCGGCAGCGGCCGCCGGCGUGGGGCUCCCCUGCGAGCUCAGCCCGCCGGUGGCGCCGAGCCCUCCGGACCGCCGGCCACGCCAGCACAGGCCGCAGCCUCACAAACACCAAGCUCACAGCGACAGAGCCCGGCGGUGGCUGCGCCGCGCAAGGCGUUUGGGCCAGAGCCGCCGCCGCCGCCGCCGCCGCCGCCGCCACAGCCCGGCGCCCAGGCAGCAACGCCACCGGGCGCGGCGACGACAGCGGCGGAGCCGGCGGCGGCGAAGCGGGGUCGCGGCCGGCCUCCAAAGGUCGCCGCCAGCCCCCAAGCCACCGCUGACAGCGGCAACAGCAGCAGCAGCAGCAGCAGCAGCAGCGGCCCUACUGCUGCUAGCACCCCCUCAGGCCGGCGCAAGCCCUUCGGGCCCGCACCGCCGCCGCCGCCGCCUGCCGCCACCGCUGCCCCCAGCGCGGCUGCCAGCGCCGCCGCAGCUGAUGCGCUGCAGCUUCCGCAGCUUCCCAGUGACCCCCGGGACCUCAGCGUGGAUGACAUCCUCGACUUGCCCAUCCCCGAGUCCAGCGGCGGCGGCGGCUCCAGCGGCCGCGGCCGGGGCCGGGGCCGCGGCGCGCGCGGGCGCGGGCGUGGGCGUGGGCGACAGCAGCAGCAACAGCAACAGGAGGAGCAGGAGCAGGUGGUGAAGGCGGCAGAGGCGGCCUCUGGCCCUGCCUCUGGCUCCGGCUCCGGCGGCUCCAUCUCCGCAGCCGCCGCGGCGGCCGCCAUCGCCGCUGCCGCCGCGGCGGCGACGGCGGACGGCGCCGCCGGAGGCGAUGCCGACGGCGAUCUUGACCUUGACGCCGCUGCCGCUGCCGCUGCCGCUGCCGCUGCCGCCGACUUUGACGCUGACGCUGACGCUGACGCCGACGCCGUGCCGGACCUGGCUCAGCUCAUGGCGGCGCUGGGUCUGUCGGACGAGGCCGAGGCACUUGACGAGGACGAGGGCGGCGGCGAGGACCCACAAGACCAAGACGCCGGGCCGGGGGCCGCGGACGGCGACGCCGAGGGCGGCGGCUACGGCGACGGCAGCUAUGAUGAUGACGGCGAGUAUGACGCGGAUGAGUUUGAAGAGGCCAGCCGGAUGCUGGAGCAGCUGUCGGGACUGGAUUACGACCAGCUGAUUGCGCUGGCGGGCCGCGUAGACGCGUCGUCGGUGGUCGCGCGCGCCUUCGAGCGGGCGCGCGACGGCCUCAUCCCCCAGGUGGAGCCGGAGCUGUUCAGGGAGGGCGGCAGCGGCAGUAGCAGCGGCAGCGGCAGUGGCAGUAGCAGUGGAAGUGGUAGUAGCAUUGGGGGAGGAGGCGGCAGUAGCAGCGGUGUGUUGUCGGGCGUGGGCGGCGGGAUACCGCGCACGGUGGACGUGUCGGCGACGCCCGUGGCGCCAGGCGGCGGCGGCGGCCGCCAGGCGGCGGCGGGCGCAGCUGCAACGCCCGUGGAGGCCGAGCUGGUUGGCGUCGAUGAUGACGAAGAGGAGGAGGAGGACGGGUAUGAGGACGAGGACGAGUAUGAGGAGGACGAGGACGGGGAGUGGGAGGAGAUGGACGAGGAGGAGGAGGAGGAGGGGGAGCGGUGGGACGUGUCGGAGGCCCAGCGGCUGCUGGCUGCCAACCAGCGGCGUGUGGACCUGAUCGUGGGGCUGCUGGCGGCGGCGCCGGGGCAGGAGCUGGAGGCGCGGCUGGAGGAGGCGGAGCAGGAGGUGGACGAGCAGCUGCUGGCGCUGCUGGAGCGGCGCUACGCGGCGGGCGUGCGCAUGGGGCAGGAGGGGCCAGUGCUGGAGCGCAUCGCGGGCGUGUUCAGGGCGCUGAGGUACGCCUGGGAGCGCCGCAGCAGCAGCGCCGCGGAGCGCCUGUUGGACGACGUCCUGGACAUCCUGGCUGACACAGCCCUGCAGCCCGACCCCGACCGCCGCCGCGCCGACGCCGCCGCGCGGCUGCGCAACGCCUUCACCGGCGGCAUGCUGGAUGUGGACGUGUUCACAGCGGCGGAGGCGCUGGCGGAGGGGAGGCAGGCGGCUGCGGAGGCGCUGGCGGGGGAGCAGGUGGUGCUUGAGGAGUUCAAGCAGGAGACCCUGGGCAUUUUGAACAAGGCGCAGAACAUGCAGAACAACACGGCUUCGAGUGUGGCCGCCAUCCUGGAGGAGUGUGAGCGGCUGCGGGCGACCGACCCCGCCCAGCUGGACAGCAAGGAGUGGCGGGACAGGCUGGAGCAGGUGCGGCUGGCGCGGCAGGCCCUGUCGCAGCGCGAGGCCAGCAUCUCGGCGCUGCAGGAGGUGGUGCUGCUGACGCGAGCCAUAGAGAUGGAGCUGCUGACGGGGCGCAUGCGCGGGGCGUAGUAAUAGUUGAUUGCAUGAGGCAUAGCGGCUAGCUAGCGCGCUGUUAGCAGCCCCUGGCUGUUAGAGCUUGGGCAUCUGGGUCGGAUUGAGCGGAUGCAUAUACAUGUGAUGACUGACCACAGCGGUGGUCUACACGCGUGUGCAACACUCAGCGAGGCUUGCGGCCCUGGCUGGUAUACAUGUUGCGAUCGAGUGGUGAUGAUAACCUGGUUUGGACGUUGGAGGUCUGGUGCCACGCGUUUGUGCCACUAUGGGGCGGGUUGGAUGGAGGGCUGCGCGAUUCUGUUGUGAUUUCCGUAUUCCCAGACUUGGCACAACAGAUUCUGUAUUGGCUGCAACUGUGGUAGCUGCAAUAUAGAUAGGCUGCAAUGCGGUGCCACCUGGUAACUACCUGCAAGCCUG